CCGCAGACAUCUUCCUCUGGGUUCCGUGCCUGCUGGCCUCCAACGCGGGGCUGCCCUCUUUCCGCCCGGCUCAAUCUCUGUUACCAUUAGUCCCCUCUGCACGCUGAGUGAUGCUGUUACGGGGCUCCGGAACCGCGGGACCGUGGGGAUGGCUGACGCUGCUGCUGGUGGCCUGCGCGGCACGGGCCUCUGAGAUCACUUUCGAGCUGCCUGACAACGCCAAGCAAUGCUUCUACGAGGAGAUUGUCCAGGGCACUAAGUGCACCCUCGAGUUUCAGGUGAUCACUGGAGGUCAUUAUGAUGUUGACUGUCGGUUGGAAGGUCCUGAUGGUGCUGUAUUGUACAAAGAGAUGAAGAAACAAUAUGAUAGCUUCACGUUUACUGCAUCUAGAAAUGGAACAUACAAAUUCUGCUUCAGUAAUGAGUUCUCUACUUUCACACACAAAACUGUGUACUUUGAUUUCCAGGUUGGAGAAGAUCCACCGCUGUUUCCUAGUGAGAAUAGAGCAACUGCACUUACUCAGAUGGAGUCUGCGUGUGUUUCAAUUCAUGAAGCUUUGAAGUCUGUCAUUGAUUAUCAGACUCAUUUCCGGUUGAGAGAAGCACAAGGCCGCAGCAGAGCAGAGGAUUUAAACACAAGAGUAGCCUAUUGGUCAAUAGGGGAAGCAAUCAUUCUUCUUGUAGUUAGUAUUGGGCAGGUAUUUCUCCUCAAAAGCUUCUUCUCGGAUAAAAGAACCACAAUAACCCGUGUUGGAUCAUAACUGGUAGUGAUAAUGCUUCAGGUCAUUGUGCUAUUCACUUGUGAAAUUACUGUUCUCCAAUUAAUUGUAGGUACAAAGGAACUAAAUAUGUGAAAUCUAAAUGUCUACCCCUCCUCGUGGAUUAAAAUCACAAAACAUACCCCAAAAGUUAUGAAAGGGACACCCAAUUUGAAAUAUAGAGUAAACAAUGUUUUCUGAUACUUGUAUUAAAUAUCUGGCAACGACCAGCCUUUCUUUGGUUUUGCUGAUUUUAAUCCAAAUUGAGUUUGACUUUACUGAUAAGACUACCCAUCUGUGGUAUAAUGCUUUAAAAGAACCCAACAAUCUAGCGUCUGAUGUGAAAGACAAUACUCAUGAAAAUUUGGUUUGACUUUAAUUUUCAGGCUGAAUGUAUUGGAUUAUAAACAAGCUAAUGUGAUGAACUGUAGUUGCAAGAUGUAUUGCACUGUUUUGAUUUGCUGUAACAAAAAAAAAAAUCCAAUCAUAUCCUUUGCUUAUCUAUAAAACUGUUGCAAGCUUGAUACUAUGUGAUGGUGCAAAUUCUCCACCUGCCUGGUAAAUCUCCACCUUCAAAACCUGCUAAAUUUUAUACUUGAGUGUAUUUGCUUAAACGCACACUUUUCUACAUUAAAAUAUAAUGCAUUUCCUCUUUUACAAUGUUUUACUAAACUUCUAAACUGAGACUACUCAGGAAAUGUGCUUUCUCUAUUCAAAAACUUAAAUCUCCAAGUUGUUUUUAAAAAUGCAAUAAAAUAGGGAAUCUUGUAACUUUGUCACUGAAGCUGUGCAAUCUCUGUACUUGUGCUGCUGCUGCUUGUCAGAUUUAAGACCAGAGAUAGUUUGAUUUUUAUCAAGCAAUACAGCACCAGCACUGGACAAUUAUAUUGCAUCCAUUAGGCACAUGCAAAGCUUUUUAUUAAAUUGUUUUCCUAUUAAGAAGCCCAUUUGAUACUAAUACUGCAUUGCAUGAGUGCUGUGAACUUUAUUUCCCUGUUUGGUGCACUGAUACAUUAUGGCCUUGUGCAUGUAAUUGCCACUCUCUUCUGUUAGUGGUCAGGAAAUGUUUUAAAUAUUUUGGGGUAUCUUUUUGGUAGAUUUGUAGCUGCAUUGCUUCCAUUGCUCAUGUCUUUUAGUUUAUGUAUUGUAAUAAAAUCUUGUUUUAUUUGGAUGUGGAAGAUAUUGAAUUGAGCUAGUCAAAAUAAGAGUAAACUUCAGAUGGUUCUGGAGGAAUAAAUGAACUCUGACAAGUUUUUAAGUGCACACAAACAAAACUAAGAUAAAAAAAAUUGUUGAGUUACUAACUCUAAUUCAAAAGACUCUACUUAAACUAGUUUUCAGCAAGCAGAGAAAGAAUGCUAAAUCCUCAUUAAUUGCCUGUAUUAUUUCCAGCAAAAAAUUGACAAGUUUUACACAUGCACAUGUCCAAGUGGCACUUGGACGCUCUGAAUAAUUGAUCUAAGAUGACCUCACUUUAAAAUGGUGUGGUAAUUUAAAACAAACAAACAAACAAACAAAAAACUCCUUGUCUCUUGUAAACUGAUAAACUACUCUUUCAGAACUGAAGAAAAAAAACUUUAACACUUCAAAAAUGAGUUAAAAGGUCACAGGGGUAUUAAAAAGCCUGAUGUAUAUUACAUUCAGAAUUAUGUAUAAUGUCCUUCUAUCUUGUAUUGAACUUGCAAUAUUGCAGUCCCAUUUUUGAGGUGCAAGCUUCCCUGAAAUGGUAACAGAAUUUCAAAGAUCAGAAAACAAAAAAGCUAGUGCUUUCUUUUUAUGCCUACACAUAAUAUUCUUGAUUGUACCUAUAUACUUUAUCCUUAUGUUUCAGCAACUGAUCGUCAGUAUUUUUUGUUUCAUUACACAAAUGGUGUAGUUUAUGUGCAAGAGUCAGAUAAAAACAUGAUUUAAUUUUGAUAGUGUCCACUAUAAUCUUCUGAAGCCUGAAUGUCACUUGUUGAGUAGCUUUAAUCACAACAAAAACAUUUGUUUCAAAAAUGGAAACAUUUU